AUGGAUGAGCACACCUUCCACCAAGCAGGAGUGGGCUCUGCUUCGCGACACCCAGAUGUGGACUCAGCUUUUCCAGCUCCGACCAGUGCAUAUUUUGUGGGAAAGUUUGUCCAUCAUGCAGGGAGAGUUUAUCAUUGGACCGCCCCCGCAGGCGUCGGCCAGGCGAUUGCAAUGCCGUCAACUAAGGUGAAAGCAGUGCAACAGCGUUGGCAUGCGGACGACGCCGUUCGCACUGCUUUGGAAGGAGUAGAGAGCUCAGCUGCUACAGUUGGGCAGGGAACCAGUUCUGGAGUCGGGGAAUCCUCUGACACUGGUAACAUUCAUCUGCAUCCUUUUGUGCGAUUGCCAGCGGCUUCUCUGACGACAGAAGACGUGGAAAAACUCAUGGCGGAAGCCGAACUAUUGGCAAGCUAUGCAGCGCAAAAGCUCGCAGUGCCGUGUAGCAUAUGCAAGGCUGGCAACGUUUUUAUGAAGCUGUCCUCUCUGUUCAUGAUGUUUGACUACUUGGUUUGCACAAUUGAGAUCCUUGGGGAGAAAAUGAAUACAGGCAGAUGGUGGCGCGAGUUUGCGGAGAAGUUCCAGACAGAGUAUUCUUUAACCGUGAAUACAACGAAGGAAAGGACAGUAGCCCUGACGAAGCUUGUCAAUCGACUGAGUUCUGCCCUGUCAAUAUAUAAGGAAGGAAGACGCCCACCACUUAGCGAUAUAAUUCAGCUGAAGAGGGAAAUUAUUACCCAGGCAUACAGAAAUAGCCAACUGUCGAACUCUCUGUGGAAGCUCUGGUUACAAGAUGACGAGGAUUUCUCGUCUUCUAGCGGUGAUAUAGAACGUCCGCCCGGUUCUGAAAAACAGGGUCAACGAUAA